AUGAAGAUCCAAUUCUUGUUUCUCUCCACCUUGGCAGUCGCCAAUGCAUUCACCAGCCCUGCACCAAACCAAGCUCUUGUCGGCCAAGCUUCUUCUUUCCGUCAAGUGGAUGUCUUGAUGGCUUCCACGGAUGAUGAGGAUACAGAAUCUUUCCUCAAUGAUGCAUCCAUUCCCGCCGCUACCGCCGCCAUGUGGGCAUUAACUUCCACCUCUGCCAUGGCUGCUGGGCCAGACUGGGGAAUCUUCGAGGGAAGAACACUGUCUCUUCUUCACCCAGCCAUGAUGCUUGGAAUGCUAGCACUUAGUGUUUCAACCGCCAUUCUUGGAUUCGAAUGGCGUCGUCAACGUACCAUCGGUGAUGAUGUUACUGCUCUUAAGAGCGGAUACCCUGAUCUUGGUGGAGCUUCCACCGCCACGGCCGCAUUGGAGGCUGCGAAAGGUGCCGAAACCCCAGAUGCUGGCUUGAUCUCCAAGUUGGAAGCUGCCCUUCCCAUCGAUGCUGAAAUCAAGGCGUUGCAAAGCGAGCGCAAGGAGCUUGCCGCUAAGGGACCCCGUGAUAUGCACUAUUCACAGGGAGCCACAUUGGCCUUCAUUGGUACCGUCUUUGCCAUUGAAGGUCCAUUGAAUACCUAUGCUCGUGCUGGAAAGCUAUUCCCAGGCCCACAUUUGUACGCCGGUGCUGGCCUCGUCUGUCUUUGGGCCCUUGCCGCUGCCUGUGUCCCUGCCAUGCAAAAGGGCAACGACGCCGCCCGUUAUGCUCACAUUGGAGCCAACUUUGCCGGAGUCGGUUUGUUCGUAUGGCAAGUUGUCAGUGGUGUCCCGAUCUUGUUCAAGGUCAUUGAAUUCACCAAGUGGCCAUAA